AUGACCUUCCAACAUUUCUUGACCGUCCUGACCCUCGCCUCCUCUGUCCUCGCUGCUGGAAUCAGCAGUGACACUCCCAUCGGUGGAUGGGUGCCUAGUAAAUCGCUUUCGAUCGCCGGAGCCCUGCUCUACGCACUGUCGGCGAUCGUGCUGUGGACCCAGUAUUUCCUCGUGCGACCGAGGCACCGCUUCAUGCUGACCUUGACUAUCGGAAUGAGUGUCAUGACGGUCGGGUUUCUCAUCAGACACACCUAUGCUUCUCCGCCGUACACGCUUGGCAAAUACAUCGCCUGGAACAUGUUCAUCCUGCUCUCGCCCUGCCUCUUCCUGGGCACAGACUACAUGCUGCUCUCCACUCUCGCGGCCACGUUCAGUCCCGACGUCGUCUCGCGGUGCUUGGGCAUGCCCGCGACCCGUGUCAUCAAGAUAUUCGUCUGGAGCGACGUCAUGACAUUUCUGUUGCAAAACGGAGGAGGUGGGCUGACUGCGUCCAGGAACCCCAGCUUGGGUAAAUUGGGGACCAAUAUCGCCCUGGUUGGGUUGAUCCUCCAGGCCAUCUCUUUUGUGCUCUUCACCUUCCUCUUGCUCACCUUCGCCUAUCGAGUGUCGAAAUACUACCCCCACAUCUGGCGACCCGAGAAUGUUGAGCCGUUCAAGAUCUUCUCCACCCGACCUGCCGGGGACUGGCGAAUUCUCGUCUACAUCAUGAGUUUCACCUGCGUCGGAAUCUUGACGCGAUCGGUCUUUCGCAUCAUCGACUAUGCCAGCGGUUACAACGGCUAUGUGGCCACUCAUGAAGCGUUCUUCUACCUUCUGGACGCCUUCGCGCUGUGGGUCACCAUGUCCCUCUACUGCAUCGCAUGGCCGACGCGGUUCCUUCAUGCGCACGGGCCGAGGGAUGUGCCGCUUGGCACAGCUACCGUUUACAGCCCCGUGGACUCUUCGAAGCCUCUGGCGGAAUUCUCAGAUCAUGCAGUGAAUUUGUAG